AUGUUGAACAUCUCUCGCUCAGUCCUACUCGCCGUGUACGCCGCCGCCUUGCUCUCUUCGAACGUCUCGCCUAUGUCCUCUAUGCUGGCGGCUGCCUCUCCGAUACCCACUGGCCUCGAACCAAGAACCAUCUCAAACCGCCUCAGCCCCGCAUCUCGCGUGUCGACCUACUUGGCUCGUUCUCAGUCUCGCGGUGGACACGCCCAGCCAGUCAUUCGAGCUUCUACUCCCAUUGGCUCGACGGGUUUCCUUGGACUAGAUUUCUUACACUUAGCCCUGACGAACUGCAACCAAGGACGAGAAAUGAACCAGAGAUUCUCCACGUUGGCGAGCGACUCGCCACAAGACCCAGCAAACAGACAGGCGACCAUUGACCUCCUGGAAGAAAUUCACCUCUGGCUCCAGAGCCUCGCCCUACUCUUGAAACCAUUGGGCGCUGCCAAAGGUCUCCUCAAUUACGACCGCAACAGCGAACUAGAGACUGCGUUGAAGGACCUUAUCAACGUCAACAAGGACCUCUUGAAAGCAACCUACCUCUUGACCGCAGAAGACUUCCCUGAGCUCGCCGACAUCGUCUACGAUAUCAAGUGCAUCCUAGAGUUCCUUCUCGACUUCACGGAGAACUCCUCCGACGGGCUUAUCAACGAUCUUGGCCUCGGUCUAUGA